UGUUUGUGUACGAAAAAUGCCGCCAGCCUCUACAGCGCCGUUUAUAUCCUCCAAAUUCGCCUAACAAUCAUAAAAGUUGGUGGCGGCAGACGAGGCGGUGGCCAAUAAGAAGUUUGCCGAUGCACAGGCCAUAAAAGACGACUGUGAAAAGGAGCUCGCCAAGGCAGUACCAGCUCUCAAUGCUGCCACAGACGCCCUCAACACCCUCAAACAAGAUGACAUACGCGUCGUCAAGGCCAUGAAGAACCCGCCCUCAGGAGUCAAGCUGGUAAUGGAAGCUGUGUGUGUAAUGCUGGACCUCAAGCCAGAGAGGAAGCCAGACCCUAAUGGCUCAGGAAAAAUGAUUGAGGACUAUUGGGCACCAUCUCAGAAGCUGUUGGGGGAUAUGAAGUUCCUCCAGAACCUGCUGCACUAUGACAAAGAAAACAUUCCCACAAAGAUUAUCACUCACGUCCGCAACGAGUUCUACUCUCACCCGGCUUUUGACCCAAAGAAGAUACGUAUGGUAUCAAUGGCUUGUGAGGGCCUCUGCCGAUGGGUGAGGGCCAUGGUUGUCUAUGAUCAAGUCAUAAAGAUUGUCGCCCCCAAGAAACAAGCUUUGGAGGCUGCCAACCAUGAAGUGGCCCUCCAGAAUGAAAAGCUAGAGGAAAAGAGGAAGGAACUCAGAGAGGUAAUGUGUGAACCGAGAAAGAUAAUGUGUGAAAUAAAAGACAUUGCAUGUAGAACCAUUUCAACAUAUAGAAUUACUGUAUGGUAGACUUAGUCAUCAUUA